CCGAGGUCUUAGAAUCCUGGCCGCCAUUAUGAGACCCCCUUGGGAACCACAAAAUACAGAGAGAGCUCAGAAGAACCCACAAGACUGACACCGACACCUCUUGACAUGGAGAUACACUAAUGUAAUAGGCAGAAAGGAACACUGGCUUAUACCCCGUCGGUUCCAGGUGGCCUUAUUUGGGCGACUCGGUCCUGACCUUAUUUCUGUGAUGGAGGAUUCGGGCAUCCAGAGAGGCGUCUGGGAUGGAGAUGCCAAGGCUGUCCAACAGUGUCUGACAGACAUUUUUACCAGUGUAUAUACAACCUGCGACAUCCCAGAGAAUGCCAUAUUCGGCCCCUGUGUUCUGAGCCAUACUUCCCUGUAUGACAGCAUAGCCUUCGUAGCCCUCAAGUCCACAGACAAGAGAACAGUACCUUACAUCUUCCGGGUAGACACUUCCGCGGCAAAUGGUUCCUCAGAAGGUCUCAUGUGGCUGCGGCUGGUCCAAUCAGCCCGAGAUAAGGAAGAGCAGAAUCUCGAAGCUUAUAUAAAAAACGGACAGCUGUUCUACCGCUCUCUCCGCAGGAUUGCCAAAGAUGAAGAGUUACUAGUUUGGUACGGGAAAGAACUGACUGAGUUGCUCUUGCUCUGCCCGUCUAGAGCUCACAAAAUGAACGGGUCGUCUCCUUACACAUGCCUGGAAUGCAGCCAACGUUUCCAGUUUGAGUUCCCCUAUGUGGCACAUCUGCGAUUCCGCUGCCCCAAGAGACUUCACAGCACUGAUGCGAAUCCCCAAGACGAGCGAGGGGGCAGCGUGGGCACUAAGGACCACGGCGGCGGUGGUGGUGCUAAAGAGCAACAGCAGCAGCAACAGCAGCAGCAACAGGAGGCGCCUUUGAUCCCGGGCCCCAAGUUCUGCAAAGCCGGCCCCAUACACCACUACCCCACGUCAUCCCCGGAGGCGAGCAACCCGCCGGGCUCCGCGGGUGCCGGUAGCGCCAAGCCAUCCACGGACUUCCACAACCUGGCUCGGGAACUGGAAAACUCCAGGGGAAGCAGUAGUUGCGCAGCAGCCCCGGGCGUCGGCGGUGGCGGCAGCGGCCACCAGGAGGCGGAGCUGAGUUCCGACGGCGUGCCCACCGGCGGCUGCAAAGGCAAGAGGCGGUUCCCGGAGGAGACCGCCGCGGAGGGCGGCGGCGCGGGGCUGGCGGGCGGCCGUGCGCGCUUCUCCGAGAGACCGCUGGCGACCUCCAAGGAGGAGUUGGUGUGCACGCCGCAGCAGUACCGCGCCGCCGGCAGCUACUUCGGCCUGGAGGAGAACGGCCGGCUUUUCGCGCCGCCCAGCCCGGAGACCGGCGAGGCGAAGCGCAGCGCCUUCGUGGAGGUGAAGAAGGCGGGCCGCGCGGUGGGCUUGCAGGAGGAGGCGGCGGCGACAGACGGCGCAGGGGGCCCGGCCGAGGACCCCGACGCGGGAGGCGGUGUCGCCGGCGGCGGCAGCAACGGCUCGUCCACCCCCGCGGCUGGGUCGCCAGGGGCCCCCGAAAAGCUGCUGGCCCCGCGUCCGGGAGGCGCUCUGCCCGGACGGCUGGAGGGCGGGAGCCCCGCGCGAGGCAGCGCCUUCACCUCGGUGUCGCAGCUAGGCGGCGGCGGCGGCGCGGGGACCGCGGGGACGGCGGGGGGCUCAGGGGGCGGCCAGGCGGCCGCAUCGGACGAGCGGAAGAGCGCCUUCUCGCAGCCUGCGCGCUCCUUCUCGCAGCUGUCCCCGCUGGUCCUCGGCCAGAAGCUGGGCGCUCUCGAGCCGUGUCACCCGGGAGACGGCGUGGGUCCCACCAGACUCUACCCGGCCGCCGCCGAUCCGCUGGCUGUGAAGCUGCAGGGGGCCGCGGACCUGAACGGAGCCUGCGGGCCCCUGGCGAGCGGCGGUGGCGGUGGCUUGCCCAAGCAGAGCCCCUUCCUCUACGCCACCGCCUUCUGGCCCAAGAGCUCCGCUGCGGCGGCAGCGGCGGCGGCCGCGGCCGCGGGGCCCCUGCAGCUGCAACUGCCCUCGGCCCUCACCCUGCUGCCGCCCUCCUUCACUUCGCUGUGUCUGCCCGCGCAGAACUGGUGCGCCAAGUGCAACGCCUCCUUCCGCAUGACCUCCGACCUGGUGUACCACAUGCGGUCUCACCACAAAAAGGAGUACGCCAUGGAGCCCCUGGUGAAGCGGCGGCGGGAGGAGAAACUCAAGUGCCCCAUUUGCAACGAGUCCUUCAGGGAGCGUCACCACCUGUCCCGGCACAUGACCUCGCAUAAUUAAUUGAUGCGUAAAAGACAACGGCUUUCCACGCGUGUGCACGCACAGUCAAGCCACCUGCAGGAGCAGACACGCGAGGAGGACGUCCAGCACUACCUUAUGCCCCCAAACACUGCAACCAAACACGCGCACACACAGGUCCCUCCCCUCGCCAGGAGCCUCAUCAUCCAAAUAUUUAAUUUCACUCACACACACACACACACACACACCCGGACGCACGCACGUGUGCGCGCGCACACACACACACAGGAUGGUGGAUUUUGGAUUGGGUGGGUUGUUUGAGCGGGGUUUUCUUUUGAAUGCACGAAUUUUCACUUUCCCAAAAACAAAAGUACAUUUUUAAAAAAAUGUCAUAUAUUGCAACAUAUUGAUGCAUUUGUCAUACGUUUCUACUUAAAUUAUUAAGCACUUAUGGUUUAGAUGUAAUAAUUAUAUGUAAGGACAAAGUUUAUUUUAGAUAUAAAGUAAUGGAGGAAGAGGAGAUGCGGUCUGCAUUUCUUGAUGACAGCUGUGUUCUUACAAAAAGAAACAAAAUGGAUAAAAAGGGGGGCACCAUUCAGCUUAUGUUUCCAGGGGGAAGUGCAUGUAUCAUGAAAUGAUUACGGACUUCAGUGAAGAAUGUCAUCAAUGAUGUAAAUAUGUAUUCCCUUUUAAUACAAAGUGUAAUUUUGUGCCAGUGACAUGGAGUCUGAAUAGUUAUGUGUUUCUUUUAUCCCUAAAAGAUUUAUUAAACGUUAUAGUUUAUCCAGGUAUGUUGGAUGCUUUGACAAUAAAUAACUAUUUUCCUCAAAGCAAAUAUUUGGAAAGUUUACAAAAAUAUUUUUAGGUCAGUAUAAUACUUUGGGUAGUUGAUGCAUUUUCAUAGACUCCUUGAAAAGAAGCAAAGAGACCACAGCCUCCUCUGCAGGUAUUAACUACAAGCCAGUUUUGAGCCUAAGGGUCACUUGAAGAUUCUUUAUCUGAAAGGUGUUGGGUUUAAUGACCAAGGACAAAUCACUUAGGAGCAGUAAUCACCAUACAGGUAUCCUGUUAGGAUGUUGUAGGUGUCUCUUCCAGAAGGAAAAGAAUGCAUCUCCACAUACGUGACCAAUCUGCAUUUUUUUAAAGUGCACAUUAGGAUCUAGUAGUAAUACUUCUCCAAGGGAUGCCCCACAGUCUAGAACUUUAAGCUUUCUAUCAUCCAUUAAAGACACCGUAGAGAAUCUGUCAAAUAAUACAAUUUGAAAGACUGAGGUUUGCUGAUGGUGUAUCAAAGGCCUCGGUGUCACACAUGUCUAUCUGGGAGUGAUCCCGAGAAAAAGGUACUGAGGAACCAACUGGUUCUUUACAAAAAGUCGCUGCCAUCUUGGCUUCUCUCUUCAGUUCUUAGAGAACAUCAUGUUUGUGUCUGGUGUACACUGAAGCCUCCACACUAAAAACCAAAUGACCAAUGAGACUUCUUAGGCAGCAACCUCACCCCCACCAACACACACACACACACACACACACACACACACACACACACACAAUCUCUCUCUCUCUCUCUCUCUCUCUCUCUCUCUCUCUCCAGAUGGAACUCUAACCCCUCCCUUUCUGUUGAUUUCCCCCUUUUGAAUGAAAGAUGCUUGUGGAGAGAUCUCUAGUGGGAACUUCACAGUCUAGUGUCUUCAUCUCAAGGCUUUUCAAGAACUUUCCCUAAAGGGGUAUGAAGCCUUUGUUGUUUUGAGGCCACCAGACAGCAAGUUUCAUUUAGAAUAGGGACCCUGUUGUAGGGGUGUUAAAUUUAUUCAGGAAAUAUGACCACGUUUGGUGAAAAAGCUGUCUGUCUACCUUGGAGUCAUUCGAAUACUAUUUUGGUACUAUAAUCCUUUGACGCCUGCUUUCAGUUUCCAUACAUAGUCUGAUUAUUUUACACUCAACCUGCUGCAGGUGUAAGUAAAGAAAGGAUGGUUCAAAAUUUACUGGUUUUGCCUCUGCUAAGGUUGGCUGGUGUUGUUGUUCACAUCAUUUGCUGUACCUGUGGAUUAUUUAUGUUAUCUAUAAAACCAGUGAAGCACAUUCCAGUGUCUUCAAAUUACUUCUAGCUCAGAAGAGAGUUUUUGUUUCUUCCCCCCACCCCAGCCAGUGAAACAAAUAACUGGACCUAAGGAGAGAUUUCUAGAAAAAGGCCAAGAUUAGUUGUGAGGAAAACUGACCAGCAGGAACAUGGGAUGAUACUUAGGUGUGAAGAGAAGACAGUCCUUAGGUGUUGCUUAAACCACAGUGUCCGACUGAUUAAACUCUCUAUGCUUGGGAUGCCACUGUAUUACUGGAACAAAAAUCUAUUAAAAAUGAGCAAGC